GGGAUCGGGCAGAGAGCAGAUCCCGAAUCGCAUCCCGGGUGAAGAUGUCUUCCCUCCGGGUCAGCCCCAGCGCCCGCUCCCUGCCGAGGUCCAUGACUGUCCGUACGGUUCCCCGGAGUUUCUCGGUCGCCUCCUCGGCUUUGCUGAACGAUUCCCCCCGGGUGGACAUCGACCCCCAACUGCGGCUCGCCCGGAACCAGGAGAAGGAGGAGAUCAAGGGGCUGAACAACAAGUUCUCGGAUGUCAUCAGCCGGGUGCGUAAGCUGGAACAGGAGAACCAGGUUCUGGAGACACGAUGGGAACUUCUGCAACAGACAGACACGUACAAAUCAAAUGCUGAUAAAAUCAUCAACAUGUUCUGCAACAAACUGAAGCAGCAGCUGACUGACCUGGAGAGGGAGAGAGACCGCUUGAAGGGGCAGAUCACGCAGACAGAGCAAAUGGUCGAAGACUUCAAAGGAAAAUAUGAGGAUGAGAUUAACUCUCGUACAUCACUGGAGAAUGAAUUUGUUAUCCUUAAAAAGGAAGUGGAUGAUGCCUAUUUUCAAAAAGUGGAGCUGGAAUCGAAGCUGGAAUAUCUGACCAAUCUGAUCGAGUUCCUGAAGCUGCUGUAUGCUGAGGAAAUCCAGGAGCUUCAGUCACAGGUUCAGAGUACAGCCGUCACCCUGAAAGUCAACAACAGCCGCCAACUGGACAUGAAACAAAUGAUUGAAGACAUGAAGCGGCAGCAUGCUGAAAUUGCAGCUCGGAACAAGGCUGAAGCUGAGACCUGGUACCAGAAUAAGUUAUUGGAACUAGAGAAUGACAAAAGCAGACAGAACGCUGAGCUCAGAAAUGCAAAGAAUGAGUUUGCUGACCUCACACGCUACCUACAAAAGAUGCGGUCUGACGCUGAUGGACUUCAGAACCAGCGUGCCUCAAUGGAGUCUAAUAUUGGGGAAGCGGAGGAACGUGGACAGAUUGCCAUCAACGAGGCCAAGAACCGUAUCAACCAAUUGCAGGAGAGUCUCCGUAAGGCGAAUACAGAUAUGGCUGAACAGAUGCGUGAACAUCAGGAACUGCUGAACUCCACAAUGGCACUGGACAUGGAGAUCGCCACCUACAGAAAAUUACUGGAUGGCGAGGAGGAGAGAGAUGGAGCUCCAGCCAGUGGAACCGUUACUCGAGUGGUCAGCUCAUCAGCUGUUCCAAAGGGAACCAUGGUCAGGACAAGAUCCAAAUACAUGUCUUAAAUUCACUCGGUCACCGAGGAUGGUUUGAGAGGGAAGGAAACAGGAAUCUAUUCUUCUCUAACCAAACAGCCUAUCACUGGCUGCUUCACCUGUGAAGAUGCUCCCUCCAGGUCAUCAGGACAAAUGAACAACAGACCUGGACAGGCGACAGCAAACAAUCUUUUUCUUGUUUGGAACUAGGUUUUAAUUCUCUUUCAGUAAAAGAUCUAAUGUUGAAUAAACUCUGUUUCACUGAUCACUCA